AUGAUUCCUUAUUAUUAUGGAAGCUUAAUUAUUGGUCCAAGUGGAGUUGGUAAAACAACUCUUUGUAAAGGAUUAUUUUAGAUGAUGCAACAAAUAUAAAGAAAAUGCAUAAUAAUAAAUAUGGAUCCAGCAAAUGAAGAUUCUUAUGAAGAUUAUUUGCAUAUUGAUAUUUUAGAACUUAUUACAGUUGAAGAUGUGAUGAAAGAGUUUUAAUUAGGGUAUUUAGAUAUAUAUACAAAGGCCUAACGCUGCCUUAUUAUAUUGCUUCGAAUUUUUAUUUGAGAAUUAAAAUUGGCUUUAUAACAAAUUACUAUAGUAUAAAGAUCAUUAUCUAAUUUUUGAUUUUCCAGGUAUAUCAUAUAUUUAAAAUAGGAUAGAUUGAAUUGUAUUUAGCAAAUGAUUCAAUUUUUAAUCUUAUUUAAUCAAUGAUGAAUAAUAAGAACUAAAAAUUAUAAAUAUCAUUAGUAGCAGUGUAAUUGUUUGAUUGCUUAAAUUGUUAUUAAGUUAAUACAUUUAUUUCUGCAAGUCUAGUUAGUGUAACAGUAUCAGCUAAUUUAUCAUUACCUUAUUUAGCUGUGUUAAAUAAAUUAGAUUUAAUUAAAUAAUACGGUGAGAUGCCUUUAAGUUUAUAAUAUUAUUUAGAAGGAGAAAAUCUAAAAUAUAUGCUAGAAGUUACAGAUUAAUGCGAUGAAGAAGGAUAAAAAUUUAAAGAAAAAUAUGGGCAAUUAACAUACAAUAUUGCUUAGCUUAUUGAUUCAAAAGAAGUUGUGAGUUUCGAACCUUUGUAUGUAGAAAAUAAAAAAUUAAUAAUGAGACUUAUUCUUAAAAUGGAUAAAGCAAAUGGCUAUUAUUUUUUAGAAAAUUUACCUCCAAUAUAUAAAUCUAUACAAGAAGAAGUAGGAGAAGAAAUAGAUUUUCUACCAACUGAAUUAGUGAUGGAGUUAGAAACAGAAUUAUUUGAGAGUAAUUGA